AUGCGCAACUCGACACCAUCAUCACAGCCUUCUCUCGGUGAAGCAGAGGAUCGCCCUGCGUCUCAAUUUGUCGACUUGGCAUAUUCAGGCAGCACGGUCGCUCCCGUACACACAACACAAGACGAGCUCAAGCUCGCACUUCACAAGGGGCCCAAGGAGGUCGGCGAAGCAAAAUUUACGAGGCGAAAGACGAACGCGGAGACGAAGAGACAGCAACGCCUCAGAGAAACGAAGGAGCUUAGCGACCUCACGCAGCAGCUGGCAUGGUGGAAGGAGAGGUCAAGGACGCAUCCCGAUUGGAAGCUGUACGAUGGUUGUGGUACGUGUGUCAGGGGGGCUACCACGCAGAUUCGACCGGGCUGGCCCAUUCGAAUUCAAGCGUCCUGCGAUCAGUCACAAUGGCACCCAGUCAUAGGGGGCUAUGUCUUUGAUCCGAGCGCAAUACUCGUCUGGUCAGUCUGCAGCAAGGCCGACGAGAUGGAGAGGAGCGCAGCCUCCACCACAGAUGCGCGGCCAUUAUGGGGAGCGAUAGGAAGGUCUCAGUCGCUGCACGCAGGCACUUCUGCGGUCGUGCAGAGCCGAGGCGGUCCCGCAUCCUUCGUCCCGCCGCAAGUCACCUACAACACGAUGACUAGAGAGCAAAAAAAGGUCUACGAUCAGGAAGCCCAAGCGAGAUGCACGCAGAAGAAAACAAGAAAAUUGAACGAGCUCAAGGAGGAGCUGAGGUCAUACGAACAGAAGGAUGCGCGCUGCAAGCUGUUCUCUUCAGAAUGGAGAAACUGGAUCGAGUCUGAGUUGGGACCGGUGGCGCACGGAGUACCAUUACAGAUCGAUGUCAUGGAGGGUGCUGUGCCAAACAGCUUGAGCACUCUUUAUCCCUACCGCUCCUUCGACCUCGUCGUAUCCCCGGUCGAACAUGAUCUGCUAGAUCAUAGAAACUAUCAGCCACAGAGAGAGCCCGACACGAAGUCAACACCAUUAAUCUCUGAGGGAGGACAGUCGAUUUGGACCGCCCCAGGACCGACCUUGGACAAUGCUGACAGGGAUCUCGCUCGCAAGAUGAAGCAGCGACAGUACACCGAGACCCAUCUUUCUCGACAAGGGGUCAUGUGUGGCUUCUACCAGAGGUUGCAGGAAUGUGCUCUGCGGUACGACUCAGCGAUUGUGACUGAUACCAUUGUCCCGGUUCCUUUCGCCGCCAAGACUCAUAUGGCUGACGACAUCGAGCAAGACCGGUACAGCAUAGCGCCCGGGCAGGGCCCAAAUCCUCGAGUGACCGGUGCUACGUCGCCUGGACAAAAGAUCAAUUUCAAGAAGCAUGGCGUCAAGCAAAUGGCGACCAAGUUCUGCGAGGAGCUCCGUCUCGGUCUCGCUAGUCACGGAUCAAUGCUGGUGCAUUGUGACACGGCGGGCCGUUUGACAUCUACGCACCCCAUGGAGGGCGCAGAUUCGGCUGUUGACCAUUCUCUGCAGCUUGCAACGCCGUUGUAG